UUCGUAGCGCCGUUGGAGAUGGAGCAGUCACCGUUGAGAGGAGAGAAGCAGUCGUCGUUGAGAGGAGAGGAGCAGUCGUAGAUGGAGAGAAGUGCAGCGAUCAGCGAUUGAGCUUAGAGGAGAGAGAGAAAGAGAGAGAGGGGGCAGCGCUGAAGCUGAUAGAGGAAGAGGAGA